UUUUUAAAUAAUUUAUUUCAUUAUCAUAUCAUAGGAUAUAUGAUAUGAUAUAUCAAUAUAUUGAUUAACUGAUCCUUCAAUUUGUUUGUCUUUUCAUUACAAUUGUGUUUUUGUUGAUCACAGCAGACAUUACCAAACAAUUUCGUUUAAACAUCAAAACCAGUGAUGAGUCGAUUAACGGCAAUCACUGUUAUCGGUAUUUUGGUCAUUGAUUUCUCGUAUUUGUUGGCGAUAUCGACAGCCGUUGCCGAUAACAAUGGCCUUUCGUGUGAUAAUAUGAGUGGUUACGACUUAUCGACAAUCAAUGAGAAAACAUAUAAAUAUAUUCAUAACUACACGAAUACGUCUACUAAUAAAACCGAUAGUUUUGACGUUUUAAUUAACAUUUGUCGAGUGUUUGACACCAAAGAUAAGACACCCGAAGUCUGUUUUGGCCGACAAAUCUGUGGCCACAAGACCACUGAUAAGACACCAAUUGGCUAUCGAUUGAAGUCCGCAGACUUUGUUCCCGACAACGGAUCGCAUAAAGAGUAUAUCAAAGUUGUUUACGACGGAUCAGAGUGUGAUAUUCAUCGGAUACUUAACUAUUCAAUGACUAUCAUCUUCUACUGUGGAGAAGAUUCGCCGAAUUUAAACCUCGAAAUGUCCACUACUUGUGGUAUUCAAUUAAAUUACACCACAAAGUCUGUGUGUAAGACUAGUACUAAUAACUCAAUGCCAUCAUUAGCGCCGAUAGUCAAUUGUUUUUGGGAAAAUCACACACAUUAUAUAGAUUUUAACCAAUUGGUCAAAAAGUCAAAUAACUAUAAAAUUUAUAGACUUUCGACGACAACUAGUUAUCUCUAUAUUUAUUAUAUAAAUGUUUGCCGACCUUUGAAUCAGAUUUUUGAACCGUUCAGUGACUCGAGUAUAAACAAUUGCGGACCAAAUGCUGCCAUUUGUCAGGUGAACAGUGAUACAAAUGAUAGUGCUUUGAAUUUAGGCGAACCAACAAGUGGUCCGAUUCGGUUGUUUGACGAAAGUCUUAAUUUAUUUUAUGAAAAUGGGAGUCCGUGUCCGGUCAGACCACAUGAAAAGUUGCGAACUCGCAUAAAGUUUGUAUGCGAUCCGUUGGCCGGCAUUGAGAAUAUGAUUGUCAACGAACCGGGAAGUGAGACAAUGGAUGCCGAAGAUUGCGCCUAUUUUAUCGAAUGGCGUACUUCUGCCGUUUGUAACUAUAUUGAACGCACAAAAGGUCAACAAUCUGGUGAUCACACAAAUCUGGAUGUAUUGGAUCAAAGGGAUGAACUCAUCUAUAAGGAUGGCUUUCUGGAGGACAAUCGACUCGAUGCAUACAUUAAUGUAUCGGCACUAAUGGGAACUACUUUUAAUGUGAAUGAAUUCAGAGAAUUGGAUAAUAAUAAGACAGACAAUUAUACUUAUGUCAUAAAUCUGAGUAAACCCGAACUGUCCACUGACUACCAGUGCUCUGAAGCGGGUGUGUGUCAGACAAAAGGCGACUUUAGACGAGAUUUAGGUAGUGUUAAGACAAUAAAGUAUUAUCUAAGAGGACAUGAACUUCAAAUGGCAUUGCAGUCCAAAGGAGGCACUCGAGGAAAAUGUGGCAAAAAUGCCAACAAAAACGUGACCACAAUUUUCCGAUUGCAUUGUUCCUCAUCGGCCGGUGUCGGCGAACCAGAAUUUAUGUACGAAAGCAACGAUUGUGACUAUGUUUUCAAUUGGGAGACAUCGAUGGUUUGCCCAAUAAAUUUCAUCAAACAAGAAGAAUAUAUUGAAUAUAUUACCGAACGUAACAAAUCCCAGGAACGGAUGGAAAAGGAAGAGUUGGAUCAUUUAGCUAAGUCUACUGAAGACAAUCAACAAUCUGGUGGUCACACAAAUCUGUGGAUCGGUAUCAUAAUAGUUAUAUGUAUUUUGGGUAUUAUUUGUGCCCUAUUGUUAUACAAACCUAACAUCAGACAAUCUGUUUUUGGUUUAUUUAGGUCAAGACAAGUUAAUAGUCAAAGUUUCAUUGCAUUGUUUUUGGCAUCGCAUGAAAAGGACAACAACAGCAACAAACCGAAAGCCGAAGUGGUUAUCAUCGACGGCGGCAACAAUAGUCAUCAAUAUUCAAACACAAUUGCAGGACAGCCAUCAUCUCACGUGCCUUACUAUAGCAUUUACGACGACUCCGACGUUGAUCUUCUCACUUGA